AUGGCGCCCGGCGAUGGUCCCUCGAGGAUGCACGGCCUGCAUGGCAAGAAGUUGAUCUACUUCUUGUCCAUCUUCGUGUCGUUGGGAGUAUUCCUCUUUGGCUAUGAUCAGGGUGUCAUGUCCGGAAUCAUCACAGGCCCUUAUUUCAAGGACUACUUCAACCAGCCCUCCGCCGCUGAGAUCGGGACAAUGGUCGCGAUCUUAGAAGUAGGAGCGUUCGUUUCAUCUCUAUCAGUGGGAAGAAUAGGUGAUAUGCUGGGGCGGAAGAAGACGAUUCUGUACGGAGCCUUGAUAUUCGUGGUGGGAGGCGCGAUUCAGACGUUUACUACGGGCAUGCCAAUGAUGAUGUUGGGCAGGUUUAUCGCGGGUCUGGGCGUCGGCGCAUUGUCAACCAUCGUGCCAGUCUACCAGAGUGAGAUCAGUCCUCCGCACAAUCGCGGCAAGUUGGCGUGUAUUGAGUUCUCGGGAAAUAUCUUCGGGUACAUGUGCAGCGUGUGGGUGGAUUACUUUUGCAGUUACAUCCACGGAGACUGGGCAUGGCGCGUGCCUUUGCUGCUGCAGGUUGCAAUGGGAGGACUGCUUGCCGUGGGCAGUUUUCUAAUCGUGGAGAGUCCGAGGUGGCUACUGGACAACGAUCACGAUGAGGAGGGGAUCGUGGUCAUUGCGAAUCUUUACGGGAAGGGCGAUAUUCACAAUCCGAAGGCCAGGGACGAGUACCGCGAGAUCAAGAUGAAUGUGCUCCUGGAACGACAAGAAGGCGAGCGAUCUUAUGCGGACAUGUUCAAGCGCUAUUACAAGCGUGUGUUCAUCGCCAUGUCCGCACAGGCGCUGGCCCAACUGAACGGCAUCAACGUGAUAUCGUACUACGCACCACUGGUCUUCGAACAAGCUGGAUGGGUUGGACGAGAUGCGAUUCUCAUGACCGGCAUCAACGGAGUCACAUACCUACUAUCGACAAUCCCGCCCUGGUACAUCGUGGACAGCUGGGGACGGCGUUUCAUUCUUUUAUCAGGUGCGCUGAUGAUGGUUUUCUCGCUGUCAGCCAUCUCCUACUUCAUCUACAUCGACAUACACUGGACACCUACCGCCGUAGUUGUCUUCGUGAUGAUCUACAACGCGGCGUUCGGAUACUCAUGGGGACCAAUACCAUGGCUGUACCCACCAGAGAUUCUACCAUUGACGAUUCGAGCCAAGGGAGCAAGUUUGUCGACUGCCACGAAUUGGGCCUUCAAUUGGCUAGUGGGAGAAAUGACACCCAUACUCCAAGAAGCCAUCAAGUGGCGUCUAUACCUGCUUCACGCCUUCUUCUGCGCCGUCAGUUUCGUCGUCGUCUGGUUCAUCUACCCUGAAACCGCCAACGUCCGCCUCGAAGACAUGAACUCCAUCUUCGGCGACGCCACAACCAUCGCCCACACUCCAGAAACCCUAGCAGAAGCCGAGUCCAUCUUCUCAGGCAACCGCAGUCCCGUUCCCUCCUUCGGCGGCCUCGACGGCUCCGGGCCUCAAGAUGCCAAUAUUCCCGAUAUGGACCUCCAGCCUCCUGAGGUGGAAAUCCAGGAUGGAAAGCCCAUGCUGAGUAAGGAUGAGGAGCAAGGAGAAGGUGUCGGGGGUUGGAUCAGUAAUGUUGUGAAGAGGGCGAAGGGCGAGGGGGCCAAUGGUGGGAGUCAGGGUGGAGGGAGUGGGAGAUAUAGAAGGGUUGGGCAGGAGGAUGAACGAUGA